CAGAAUACAAAAUACAGAAUGUCAAUGGUGAGAGGAUGGAGAUUUCAUGGGAUGCAAAAAAUAAUUUUCCAGGCAGGAACAUGAUGAUGUCUUAUAAGUUUGAUGAACAAGAAGAGAAGCAGUGCAUUGAAUAUUUGUAUGACCAAGGAUACAACAGUGGGUGUCUGUUUCCUACCAAUGGGAGUUAUCUGCACAUUAACAUUAGGAAUCCAAAUCAGACAGAGGAGGUUUACUAUGAUGAACAAGAGAGCAGCAAUUUGUUCAAGCCCAACCCACCUAAACACGUUACUUUCCAAUGGGCAGAUGACGAAGUAACUGUGCAGUGCAAGGCAGUUGACAAUGAGCAUUGUUUUCGCUUCGAGCUUCAGUACAAAAGCCAACUUGACAAAGAUUGGCAGUCUAGGGACCAAGAAUGUUGUGAGAUUAAAGACCAAGGAUUUGAUCCAGCGAAAUGCUAUUCUUUUCGAUUCAGGCUGAAACACAGUUGCAGUAUAUUUUCUUAUUCCAGUGAAUGGGGAGCAGAAACACAUUGGAAAAAUGGCAGCUCUGUAGAUUCCUGUGAUAUAGCUGUCUCCGAACCCAAAUCAAUUACAGUAAUCCCUUUGACUUUGGCGAUGGCUGGGAUCCUGGUAAUAUUUGCCCUUCUGUUGUGCGUUUGCAGAUGGGAAAGAAUUAGGAAGAUCCUAAUGCCUGCUGUACCAGACCCCAAACAUCUAUAUUCUGAUUUGUUCGGCGAUCAUAAUGGGAACUUUCAGGAAUGGAUUAGCAAGACGGAAAAUGUGCUGGUUCAAGCAAAGGUAAAAUAUGAUGAUGAAGAAGAAGGAUGUGCAAUUGAAGAGGAAGAAGGAAAAAAAUUCCAGGGAGCCAAAGUAUAAGCCAGAGGCAAUUAAGAAGAUACUUAAGGGGUCCUACGUGUACCAGAACUUCAGAGUCAAUGCUUGUUGUACAACCACUGAUGGCAACAUCAACAGGUCGUUCUCGCGAUUUCAACCACCCGACUUUGCUCAUGUGCUUAUCUCCAUCCUUCCUCCACUGUGCCCUCUGUGUCAUUUGUGGAUCCUCUGCCAAGAAGACUUCUGAGUGUCAAAUGCGUAUUAAAUGACAGUGAGAAAUGUAGUGGUAGAUGACAUGUAACUUGGGUAGAUGAUAUGUAAAUAGCCAUUCUAGAGGAUGUUUGAAUGAUACUCAUAACACAAAUGAUAAAAAGAAAUAGCCAAUCAACGAUACUAACUCAGGGAGACAAUGCAUAGCCAUUGCCUGUUCUUUGUUCUUUGACUCGCAUUGUUGUUUCAAAAUAAAGAAACACACAUAUCCCCUUCUUUAGUUAAUAGAAGGCUGCCUCCAUUAUGCAAAGACGGUCACAUACUACAUGUCUAUAUGGUGCACCAAGUUACAAUAAGGAGUGUAAAGUUUACACAGGGUGUAGAUAUUCAGCCAUGCCUAAAACAUAUCCCUGUGUUACUGAUUCCAAUCCACAAUGAGCUUUGAAGUAGACUGAUUGGUAUAUUUCUGAGUUCUUCUCUUGUAAAUUCAUCUCAAUACUAAUGAGAUCUGAGAUCUUCUUUGUUUCUCCUAGACUGCACUGAAUGCAAG